ACCCCAAAGUAGCGUUUCCUAGGAGGGCACACCCAAAGAUGGUGACGAGAACGAAGAAAAUAUUCGUUGGUGGGCUAUCGGCGCCCACCACGCUGGAGGACGUGAAAAGCUACUUCGAACAAUUUGGACCGAUUGAAGACGCGAUGCUGAUGUUUGACAAACAAACCAACCGGCACAGAGGCUUCGGAUUUGUGACAUUUCAGAGCGAAGAUGUAGUGGACAAAGUUUGCGAGAUCCAUUUUCAUGAAAUCAAUAAUAAAAUGGUUGAAUGUAAAAAAGCACAGCCCAAAGAAGUGAUGCUUCCAGCGAACCUGGCCAAAACGCGCACCGCUGGACGUGGGACAUACGAUUUUAUGUGGUCGCUGGGGACUUUACCUGAUGGUUUCCCCGCCGCGUAUGCUGCGUACGCAGCCGGUCGUGGCUUUUCCGGCUACCCGAGCUUUGGACUACCGUACCCAACAGUUGACAUCACAAAUGGACAGUUGACACCAAACAACAACACACCGCUGCUGACGCAGGCCCUUUCGGUGAUGAACAAUUAUCAGGCCGCCGCCGCAGCCGCCGCGCAAGGAUUCGGACCGCCAGCGUCGCCACACACCACCACCACCCGGACCGCGGCCGGCUUCCCGAACGCCAACUCGCCCGGGCCGACGAUCGACAUGUACAGCUCGAGCGCGGCCGACAGCGUAGGAUACGUUCAAGCGACCAGCCCGCAACCAUCCGGAUUCCCGGCGAUCGCCGUCAGUCGUGCCCCGUUAAACUACAGUCCGGGCCAGCUAAUUCCAGCGGCGUUUACCAAUGGCUACCAUUGA